AUGGAGAACUCCAGAGCUCAACAAUCAUUUUUCCGGGAUAUCAAAUCAAGAGAACUCAACGGCUUCAGAGUGAGGAAACGGCCGUUUGUAGCUGAUGAUUUGCCUAGGUCAACCCAGAUCGGAGCUGUGUCCGUUGACCAUGACGGCGAUACUUCCCCUCCGAUGGCCAUUUCAUUUUGUAAGACGCAGAAGAAUGGGCACAUUCUGGCUGUAACUGAUGAGGCUGGGUAUAUAAGCUUGUACAAUACUCGCUUAAAUUUCAAGUCUUCCUCCACUUAUGAGCAAAAUACAGAAAAAUCCAGAAUACUAGAGUGGGUUGCUCAUGAUAAUGCCAUUUUCGAUAUUUGUUGGAUCAAGAUAAAACUAUGGGAUGCACAAGCAAAGAGAUGUGUUGCAGCCUUAACAGGCCAUACUGGAAGUGUUAAGGCCAUCUGCUCCCAUCCAACUAAUCAGGAUGUGCUUGUGUCUGGCUCAAGGGAUGGGUCAUUUGCUCUGUGGGACUUGAAGUGCUCUAAUGAUGGCAGACAGUUGACUUGCAUCUCGCCAUAUGCUAGUGUCCAAGAUGCACACAAGUAUUGCGGGAGGCGGAUUAGGCGCGGAAAGGCUGCUUCAAAGAGCAUAACAUCUGUUCUGUACUUAAGAGAUGAGGUGACAAUAGCGACUGCUGGAGCAGUUGACAGUGUGUUGAAGUUUUGGGAUGUAAGAAACCUUAAGAAGUCAGUAAUGCAAGCAAGCCCUAGUGUGGAUGCUUCUAGUGAAAAGGAGAAGAGAUUGCAUGGUAUUUCUAGUUUGUCUCAAGAUAUGAAUGGAAUCUUCAUUUCAGCCUCAUGCAUGGAUAGUAGAAUAUACCUCUACAAUAUACUUCAGCUCGAAAAUGGCCCUGUGAAAACCUUUUCAGGAUGCCGAAUCAGUUCAUUCUUUGUCAAGUCAGCAAUAAGUCCUGAUGCUGCUCAUAUGCUUUCUGGCUCCAGCGAUGGAAAUGCAUACAUAUGGCAGGUAAACAAGCCUCAAGCUGAUCCUGUUAUACUUAAAAGUCACGAUGGAGAAGUCACAGCAGUAGAUUGGUGCCCUUCUGAGAUGGGGAAAGUAGCUACUUCUUCAGAUGAUUUCACUGUACGAUUUUGGAAUGUUGAAGGCAGCUGCUAUUCAAAUUCAAGAUCUCCUUCUUCCAUUAGAAGGAGAGUAAUGGCCCUCCCAACAAUGGAAAGAAGAAAGCUGUUUGCAGAAAAUGCAGCAGAUUUGACAAGCAGCGCCAAUGAAAAUAAAAACUUGGAGACAACAAGCUCUUCAGAAGUGCAUUCUCCUAAAUCAAAGAUUGUUUGUGAAAUUAGCACCACCCCUGAUUCCCAAAGGACUAGAUGUCUGUCCUAUAACAAUGGGGAUAAGGUAAACAUGGAAAUGACUCCAGAAUCUGCAAUUAGAAGUCCCUCUUCUGUUUUGAAUCCACCUUCAUCAUUGAAGAGAAAGACAAUCAAGGACUACUUUUUGGCAGCUUGA